CCAAAAUCCCCCGAAACGUCACAGAAAAUAUAUAUAAGAGAAAAAGGAGAAGAAACUGAGAGGGGAAAAAAUGGCAGAGAAUUCAAAGCGUUGGCUCUUGAUUGGAGCGAGCGCUCUUUUUGGCUCACUCUCCACUCUGGCUCUCUUGAAGCUUCUCUCUAGGAGGGAUGCACAAAAAAAUGUUACUGAAGGAACAAGAACUUCAAGAGUUAAUGGAAGAGGCAAUAUGUCCAGAAAAGCAAUCAUGGAACCUGGUGGUUUGGUUGGUUCGGACCUUCUAAACGAUGAAGUGGUCUCGGAACAACUUACAAGAAAUAUUCAAUUCUUUGGAUUGGAAGCACAACGAAAAGUGACUGAAUCAUUCGUUGUAGUCAUUGGUCUUGGAGGAGUGGGUAGUCAUGCUGCUCAUAUGCUGUUGAGAUCUGGAGUUGGCAGGCUCCUGCUAGUGGAUUUUGAUCAGGUAUCACUUUCAUCAUUAAAUCGGCAUGCUGUUGCUACAAGAGAUGAUGUUGGAUCUCCAAAAGCUGUAUGCCUGCAAAAGCAUUUAUUAUCAGUGUUUCCAGAGUGUCAAAUUGAAGCAAGAGUACAGUUGUAUGAUUCAUCAUCGGAGGAUGAGAUACUAUCUGGCCAACCUGAUUUCGUUCUUGACUGCAUAGAUAAUAUUGACACCAAGGUCGCCCUCCUUGCUGCAUGUUAUCACAGAGGAUUGAGGGUGCUUUCUGCAAUGGGUGCUGGUGCAAGAGCUGAUCCAACACGAAUUCGUAUUGUUGACAUAAGAGAAUCAAGCAAUGACCCGCUGUCUCGAUCGGUUAGAUAUCGCUUGCGAAAGGACUACGGCAUUGAAGGUGGUAUACCUGUUGUAUUUUCCCUGGAGAAACCCAAAGUCAAGCUCCUUCCCUUUAAAAGCCCAACUGGAGAAAAUGAAAAUCCUUCUGAUUAUCAGAUAGUGCCAGGAUUCAGGGUUCGUAUUAUACCUGUUUUAGGGACUAUCCCUGCAAUUUUCGGACAAGUGAUGGCAUCCUAUGUUGUGACUCAGCUUUCAGAUUUUAUUGUUCAUACUGAACCUGUGGUAAACUUGGAUCUUGAUCACUACAGAAUUCUUCACCAACGCCUUCUUGAGCAUGAGGAGCUACUAUAUGGGUCAACUAUGCAAGUUUUGGUAGGUGUUGAAGAAGUGAUGUAUAUUGUAAAAGAGUUGUGGCAUGGACGAAGUGCAAGAGAUACAUCUCAGAUAAACACUGGUCGUAAAAUGUGGAGAUCUAUUAACGACUUGAUGCUUGUGAGGUGGGACAGAGAGAAACCAGCAUCAGUCUCAAAUUUGGUUCUUCUAAAGUUCAGUGAGGCAGAUGAACACGAAUCAAUAGCACUAGACAGCAUAAAGGAAGAAGAACCAGAAUUCUACAGCAAAGUUAUUACUGUUCUGCGUAGGGUGGAAUUGGACUUUGCUUUAUGAUGGCAGCGGCGCAGCUGCUCAUUAACAUCUCUGGAUCUGUUCACUGUGUUCAUCUUUCCCGUAUAUUGGUUGGUUACAGUGUUAAAUUGGAAACGCAGCUCACCUUGUCAAGAACAACGAAUCCUGAUAUUGCAUUUGUUGCAGCCUUAGCAGAAAAAUGAUGUGGAGAACGAGAAGAGGUGGGUCAUUACUACAGUGUCAAUUUUGUUUAAGCAGUCAUGCGUUGUCAUUUUGAAGCAGCUAGAGGUUGGUCUCUGAAUAUUAUGUAACAUUCUACUAACAAACUGUAGUCCUUUUGCCAGAGAUGAAUGUUCAUGCCUAUGUCAAGCAAAUGGCUCACCAGAUUUGUUUAUCUAGUAUUAGGCCAUUAUAAGGCCCUUGUAAACUUUACCUCAUUGUCUUAUAAAAUUUCUUUUAUCCGUGAAAACAGACCCUCUACAGUAUCACCCAUUUGCAAAGAGACCUUUGUAGUUAAUAUUUGUUGCGAAAGAUCCCUAUAGUACUACUUAUUGUGAAAAAAACC